GUAGCGGAUAAAUCUUUUCUCCAUGGCGCCGUGAUCUGUCCACCGAUCGUCCUGCUGCGCAAGGAUUAGGUUUUUUCUUAUUCUUCGAGGCUUGCUGGUUAGAACGGGAGAGGGGGAAAUAUGGCAGAUCGCGGCGGUCGCGGCGGGGGCGGGUGCUGCCCGCCGUUGGAUCUGAUGAGGUCCGAGCCUAUGCAUCUCGUGCAGAUCAUCAUCCCCAUGGAGUCUGCCCACCUCACCGUCUCCUACCUCGGAGAUAUCGGCCUCGUUCAAUUCAAGGAUCUGAAUGCAGACAAGAGUCCAUUCCAAAGAACAUACGCUAACCAGAUUAAAAGAUGUGGAGAGAUGGCAAGGAAGUUGCGUUUCUUUAGGGAACAAAUGUUGAAAGCUAGUAUCUCGCCAUCAACAACGCCCAUGACACGAAACAAUAUUGCUUUUGAUGAUCUAGAGAUAAAACUUGGGGAGCUUGAGACGGAGUUAGUAGAAGUUAACGCAAAUAGUGAAAAGCUGCAACGCACAUACAAUGAGCUGUUAGAGUAUAAACUUGUACUUCAUAAGGCUGGUGAAUUUUUUCAUUCUGCUCGAAAUGAUGCUGCAGCACAACAUAGAGAGACGGAAACACGGCAAGUUGGCGAUGCUUCUCUUGAUAGUCCUUUGUUGUUGGAACAGGAGAUGCAAACUGACCCCUCAAAGCAGAUAAAGCUUGGAUUUAUUAGUGGCCUGGUACCAAAGGAAAAAUCAAUGGCUUUUGAAAGAAUCUUAUUCCGAGCUACUAGGGGCAACUUAUUUCUUAAACAAGCUCCCAUAGAUGAUCCCGUUAACGACCCUGUUUCAGGAGAGAAGAUUGCGAAAAAUGUGUUUGUUAUAUUCUAUUCUGGAGAAAGAGCUAAGACAAAAAUCUUAAAGAUCUGUGAAGCCUUUGGUGCGAACAGGUAUCCAUUCAUGGAUGACGUUGGCAAACAACUGCAGAUGAUAGAUGAGGUCUCUGCUAAAAUCCAAGAGUUGAAAACUACUAUAGAUGUUGGAUUGCUUCAUAGAGAUAACUUACUGAAGAACAUCGGUUACCAGUUUGAGCUGUGGUAUCAUCUGGUAAGGAAGGAGAAGUCUGUCUAUCACACAUUAAACAUGCUAAGCCUUGAUGUUACCAAAAAAUGUUUAGUUGCUGAGGGAUGGAGCCCUAUUUUUGCUGCAAAUCAGAUUCAAGAUGUGCUACAACGGGCAACCUUUGAUAGCAAAUCCCAAGUUGGAUCAAUUUUUCAGGUUUUGCAAACACGAGAAUCUCCACCUACAUAUUUCAGAACUAACAAAUUCACUUCAGCUUUUCAGGAAAUUGUUGAUGCCUAUGGGGUUGCCAAGUACCAGGAAGCAAAUCCUGGCGUAUAUUCAAUCAUUACAUUCCCUUUUCUAUUUGCUGUCAUGUUUGGCGACUGGGGUCAUGGUUUGUGCUUGUUAGCUGUAACAUUGUUUCUAAUAUUUCGAGAGAAAAAAAUGUCUUCUCAGAAGCUUGGAGAUAUUAUGGAGAUGGUAUUUGGUGGUCGUUAUUUAAUUUUGAUGAUGGCUAUAUUCUCUAUAUAUACUGGGUUGAUAUACAAUGAAUUCUUUUCUGUCCCGUUUGAGAUUUUUGGACCUUCUGCCUAUGCAUGCCGUGAUGCUUCCUGCAGAGAUGCUACUAUUGAUGGCUUAAUCAAGGUGAGACGAACAUAUCCUUUUGGCCUUGAUCCGACAUGGCAUGGUAGUCGAAGUGAGUUGCCAUUCCUCAACUCAUUGAAGAUGAAGAUGUCAAUCCUUCUCGGAGUAGCUCAAAUGAACCUUGGAAUCGUGAUGAGUUAUUUCAAUGGAAAGUUCUUCAGGAAUGCCCUGAAUAUCUGGUUCCAAUUUAUUCCCCAGCUUAUUUUCCUCAACAGCCUAUUUGGGUAUCUGUCACUCCUUAUCAUCGUGAAAUGGUGCACUGGUGCUACAGCUGAUUUGUAUCAUGUGAUGAUCUAUAUGUUCCUUAGUCCAACUGAUGAUCUUGGAGAAAACCAACUUUUCCCUGGCCAAAAGACGUUGCAGCUUGUAUUGCUCCUCCUGGCCUUUAUUUCAGUUCCAUGGAUGCUACUUCCCAAGCCAUUUCUCUUGAAGAAGCAAUAUGAACAAAGACACCAAGGCCAGGCGUACGCCAUGCUUCAGGCCACUGACAAUGGCUCUCUUGAGGAGCAAGAUCACGAUUCACAUCACCAUGAAGAGUUCGAAUUCAGUGAAGUUUUUGUGCACCAACUUAUUCACACUAUAGAAUUUGUCCUUGGAGCAGUCUCAAAUACUGCAUCAUAUCUUCGUCUUUGGGCUUUGAGUCUUGCUCAUUCAGAACUGUCCAGUGUGUUCUACGACAAGGUUCUUCUCCUUGCCUGGGGGUUCAACAAUGUCAUCAUUCUCAUCAUUGGCCUCAUAGUCUUCAUAUUCGCGACUGUUGGUGUUUUGCUUGUGAUGGAAACACUUAGUGCAUUCUUGCAUGCCCUGAGGCUCCACUGGGUGGAGUUCAUGAACAAGUUCUAUGAGGGCGAUGGAUACAAGUUCUCACCAUUCUCUUUUGCAUUGCUUGCUGAAGAAGAUGAGUAGUGCAAUUUUUGUGCAGAUUUUCUGUUCCUGGUUGCCAUAUAUGUAAGCCUGUGCGAGUUGUGAUGAAUGGAAGAAGCGUCGCUAGAGGACCGUUAUAUUCUAUUUUUACUUAGCAGCAAAAAAUAAAGGGAAGGUUUGUUCAUUUUCAAUGCUAGUGCCUUAUCUGUACAAUACGGACGAGUUCUUUCUUGCCCAAAUAAAUAUUGAUUUUUCAUUAA